AUGCAAAUCUUCUUAAUAUUUAUAUUUUUAGACACACUAGUUGCGGAUGGAUCAAUUGAUUAUUGCGGAGCUAAAAUGUGCGCGCACACCAAUUCCCAUACAUUUUGUCAUUACCCUCCUGGUCCAAGUCCUUCAUGCAUGGGCUACAUCGAAUCAGAGUUGUCGCCGAAAGAGAAAGCUCGCGUGUUGGCGCGUUUGAAUCGUAGACGCAGUGACGCGGCGCGCGGCAUACGCGGCCUGCCCACAGCUGGGGAUAUGUUAAAAUUGCGAUGGGUGAAUGAACUAGCGCGAGAAGCCCAACGCUGGGCUGAUCAGUGUCGACCACCAAGCACUCCGGAGCUACAUGACGAUUGCCGUGAUUUAUAUUCGAUAUCGGUGGGACAGUGCGUAGCAUCGGUUGUGGGCGAAGCGCCAGGGCUUCGCCCCGAGACAAUGGUCGACUUGUGGUACACGCAAAGCAUGAGCUACAACGGAAAUGUUACUUCAUACAAACCUUCACACAAGAGUAACUACAAUGAUUUUGCGCAAAUCGUCUGGUCACGAACUUAUAUGGUGGGGUGUGGAAGAAGCAAAUUUAUGAUACCGUGGCGUGGUCGUCACCGCACCGUCGAACGGUUAGUGUGCAAUUUUGCGCCCCGCGGGCCCGCGGCGCGGCGCGCGCUGUGGUCGCCCGCCGCGCCCGCGGCCGCCUGUCCCCCUCGCUCCCGUCCCGAUAUUGACUUACCCGGACUGUGCACUUUUCAGUAUGGUAUGGACGAAACAUACGAUGAAGGUAAUGUGAUGACAGUUGAAGAGCAUUUGCUUUUAAAUACAAUUAUGUUAGUAGAAAAAAAUGUAGAAUUAGAUAACAUUGGAGCUUUGGAUGAAAUUUACUUAACGAAGCUAGCCGUGGCUACUAUUGAGAACUCUGUUUUAACACAAACACCUUACAGUUCUAUACAAAAACGUGAUAUAGUGGAUACAGAUGAAAUAAUAGGUGAUAAUGCUGAAGCUAACAUAAAAAUUGAUACUGGACCAAUUAGCAUCGAAAGUAAUGAAAAGAAUAACAAAUCAUCUUAUAAUAUAAAUAAAAAAGUAUUUAAACAAAAAGGAACUUUCGUUGGCCGUCCAAGAACCUACAAUAUAGAUGACUUAAACGAUCAGCAUAACGAAGCAAAUUAUGAUAAAGCACAAGAAACGAUAACGAAUGCAAAAUAUGCUUAUGAUGAUUAUGAGUUGACAGUUAUCCAAGACUACACAACGCGCCUAAGUCAUACAACAGAAGAAUCAGCCAUACCAACAAAUUACACUUCUGUGAAAGCUAUGGAAAUGAAUAAAGCUAAUACUAUAAUAAUAAAUAUAGAAACGUCUUCAAUUUUUACAACAAAAAUAUUAGAUAUUUACCUCGAUGAUAUAAUCGCUAACCUAAGUCUUUCAAGAAUCGUAAACGACACAGAAAUAGACGAAAAUGUUAUAGAAGAUUACCUAUCUGAUCCUGAAACGGUUCGUCAACUACAAGAAAGGCUUAAUCGUAUGGAGCAGAAAUUAGCAAUUCCAGUGACGGUGUCAGGAAAGGCUCGACGGGAAUUGAGAAAUCUAGAACAAGACAAACAAUACCUAAAAAAGAAUCAAGAAAUACUAUCAGCUGAAGCGGAAAGGAAUAAAACAUUAGAAAGAGGACCGAUGUUAAAUAUGGUGUUAAAAUACAUGCCAUACUUAAAACAAUACGAGAAUAGCAUAUUGGGUGAUUCGAGUUCUAGUGGGAUAGAAUCUAGUCAGAUUCUUGCUUUAUCUUGUACAUUACACGGAAUCUUUAUAUCUUAUUGGUAA